UUUGAUUUGUGAUUUCAAGAAGAGAAUUAAUUCAUUCACUAUUGGUUUGUUUAUAUUUAUAAUGGAGAUUCGUUCGACAGUAGGACUUAAUCACGUAUAUUACUGCCAACCCUAUCCAAUCAAGCAAACCACGAGCCCUUCAAGAUGCACAAGAAAGGCUUAUCACGCCUACCGUUCAGUCAGGGUAUGCGGGAAAUGGGGACGACGCCCGAUUCGCAGGUUCGUGGUGUUGCUUAUCUUCACCUACAUUGUCGUUGUCUUCGUUUAUAUUCGCUGGAAAGCCAAGUAGGUAUAUAUGUAAUAUACUUAUGUACAAUAUCUC